AUGUCUUCAGAACUGAAACCGAUCAAAGUCUGGGGUGAACCUCGAUCUUCGAACCCGGCAAAAGUGGCCAUCUUUCUAGAAGAACUGAAAAUUCCAUACGAAGUGGUUCCAGUUCCGUUCUCUGAUGUCAAGAAACCCGAGUAUCUCGCCAUCAACCCCAACGGGCGUCUACCGUCGAUUCAUGACCCCAACACCGGUCUCACGCUUUGGGAAUCUGGCGCAAUCAUCGAAUAUCUCGUCGACAACUACGAUCAGGAGCAUAAAUUGAGCUUUGCCCCGGGAACAACCGAGUUCUGGCUCGCCAAGCAGUGGCUGUAUUUCCAGACAUCGGGACAGGGUCCGUACUACGGUCAGGCGGGUUGGUUCAAACUGUUCCACCCGGAAAAAGUGCCGAGUGCACUUGAUCGUUAUCUGGAAGAGAUGGCGAGAGUGACGGGUGUCUUGGAAAUGCACCUGGCUCAACAGAAGGAAAACAACGCUGUUGGCAACGGGGAUGGACCAUGGCUUGUUGGCAACAAGCUGUCUUAUGCCGACAUUGCCUUUAGCCCCUGGCAGUACACAGCCCUCAAAGUCUUCGACAAGGAGGAGUUCGACCAGAGCAAGUUCCCGUUGGUGGAUGAGUGGUAUCGCAAGAUUGCUUCCCGCCCGGCAGUCAAGAAAGUGUGGGAAGGCUCUGAGACAGGGGGAAAGGAGUGA